GCACUGCGUACGUUUGGCAACGAAACAAAACUACAGCGAAACAAAAAUCAGCGAGUCAACUGUGGAGCGCUCAGUCGGUGUUUUAACUUUAAAAUGAAAAUAACUUUUAAAAUUUAAACCAAGACGCGCUUGUGCAAGUCCAAAUACUAAACAAAUCGAAUUUAUUGAAUGAAAGGAAGUGCUUAGCAUAAAUGCAGGACUUUCGGUGAAGUGCAAUAACAGUCGCUUGUAAAUGCAUUUUGUAUUUGAAACAAUUGUGAACAUUUAGAACGAAUGGGAGUGUGAACAUCUGUCAGUUUGCGGUCGCGCUGCUUCUUCCUUUCGUCGCCACUGUGCAUUAUUGUUGGUGUGUUGUGUGCAGUUUUGUGUUGUUUUUAACUGCUUGGUACGCUUUUGCUACCAUUAAUAAAUUGUCGUGUGUGUGUGAUAAACAAAAGCGUGUAGUAAUUUUUAUAACAAAUAAUAUUUUAUUUAUAAUACACCACAACUCGCAGUUCAACAAAAUUAUGCGUAUCGGAGAUAAACGCGCCACCAAAUCACUAAAUAUCACACUGUAACGCAAGUGCCAAAUUUUUUAAACGCAACUCUGCCAAAUUUUUACACAGCGGAAAUAAACAAUACGUCCAAAUAAGUAAACGUUAGCAUAUACAAUUAAGUGUUCUACGUGCGUGUAGUUUUCAAACAUGGAAAUAUACGCGCCUACACACACAUUUGCCUGCAACAGCUUCGCAAUCAUAUUCGCUAAAUGAAGAGUUAUAGUGAUUACCAUAUUGGCACCCCUCCCAGCAGCACUGCAACCGCAUUGGAGCAUCACUUGGAACAGUAUAGCCCCACAGCUAUUAGCACCUUAGCCAACGGUCACCAGCAUCAUCAUCACCAACAACAGCAGCAGCAGCAGCAACAGCACUCACCCGCACACCAGCACCAUCAUCAAUUGCUGCACCAUCACUCAACGCAUUUACACGACCUCAACGAUUCGCUGUCACCACCCACGUCCAUAUUGCAAACGCAUAACGCUGCAGCCAUAUCGGCAGCUGUUGCAACGUUGCCACAAAUGCCGCACUUUGGACUUGGUGGCGGUGUAGGUGGCGCUUAUGCGCAAACACCACCCAGUCCGCCGGUACAUCAUGGCGCUGGCGGUGGUGGUGGUGGCUUAUUGCCACCCAAUUCGCCACAUCAUCAUCAACAGCAACAUCACCAGCAACAACAACAGCAGCAGCAACAUCAUCUUGCAAUGCUGCCGCGCGGUUUGAAUGCUGGCAGCGGCGGUGGUGGUGGCGGUUGUGGUCCGCUCAUGUCUACAGGCCUGAAUUCCAAUGCGGUUGGUGUGCCAUAUCGGCCACAUAUUGAGGAUAAAAAAUUGACACGAGAUGCAAUGGAGCGUUAUAUGCGCGAACGCAACGAUAUGGUCAUUGUGAUUCUACAUGCGAAGGUCGCGCAAAAGUCAUACGGCAAUGAGAAGCGUUUCUUUUGUCCACCACCGUGCAUUUAUUUAUUCGGCAGCGGUUGGCGCCGCCGUUACGAGGAGAUGCUGCAGAAGGGCGAGGGUGAACAUUGCGCUCAGCUGUGCGCCUUCAUCGGCAUCGGUAGUUCGGAUCAGGAUAUGCAACAACUCGAUUUGAAUGGCAAACAAUAUUGCGCGGCCAAGACGCUGUUCAUUUCCGAUUCGGAUAAGCGCAAACAUUUUAUGUUGUCGGUGAAGAUGUUCUACGGCAAUGGACACGACAUCGGCGUGUUCAAUUCGAAACGCAUUAAAGUCAUAUCGAAGCCAUCGAAGAAGAAGCAAUCGCUGAAAAAUGCCGACCUGUGCAUAGCGAGCGGCACCAAUGUGGCGCUGUUCAAUCGCCUGCGCUCGCAAACGGUGUCGACGCGUUACCUGCAUGUGGAGAAUGGACACUUUCAUGCGUCGUCGACGCAGUGGGGCGCCUUCACGAUACACUUGCUCGACGACAAUGAAUCGGAGUCGGAGGAGUUCCAGGUACGCGAUGGCUAUAUUCAUUAUGGUGCGACGGUGAAACUGGUGUGUUCGGUGACGGGUAUGGCGCUGCCACGUCUUAUCAUACGCAAAGUGGACAAGCAAAUGGCACUGCUGGAGGCUGACGAUCCGGUGUCACAAUUGCAUAAAUGCGCUUUCUACAUGAAGGACACGGAUCAUAUGUAUCUCUGCCUGUCGCAGGAGAAAAUCAUACAAUUCCAAGCGACACCAUGUCCGAAAGAACCAAAUAAAGAAAUGAUCAACGACGGCGCCUGCUGGACGAUCAUCUCGACAGACAAAGCUGAAUAUCAGUUUUAUGAAGGAAUGGGUCCAGUGGGCUCCCCCGUCACACCGGUGCCAAUUGUAAAUUCACUUAACUUGAAUGGCGGCGGCGAUGUAGCGAUGCUGGAACUGAGCGGCGACAACUUUACGCCGCACUUGCAAGUCUGGUUCGGUGAUGUGGAGGCGGAAACAAUGUACCGCUGCACGGAAACACUGCUAUGUGUGGUGCCGGAGAUCUCACAAUUCCGUGGUGAAUGGUUAUGGGUUCGUCAACCCACACAGGUGCCCAUCUCGCUGGUGCGCAACGAUGGCAUCAUUUAUGCGACUGGUUUGACAUUCACCUACACGCCGGAGCCUGGUCCACGACCGCAUUGCACACAGGCCGAGGAUGUUAUGCGAACGCGCAGUGCAACAGCAACAACAAACAACAAUAACGGCAAUAAUAACAAUGGUGGUGGUGGUGGUGGUGGUAAUACUGGUGUUGGCGUCCUCACGGGCAACAAUAAUAAUUUAAGUGGCAUGAGCAACAAUAACAACAAUGUUGCGCACUCACCCGACGAUGGUGGCGGCGCGAACAAUGCAACGUUAAAUACCAGUCAUCAAAUGCACCAAACAUUGCCGUCCAUGAACGAGGUGCAGUGGAAUACGCACGGCGGUGGCGCAUUGUCCUGAGUGCGGGCGACGCAUAUGCUGUCGGCAUAUUACGGUGUGGCUCUGGUGGUGGAGCAGACAUUUUUUAUGCUUUAGAAAUUAGUGAAUUGUUUACGUGGAUACUCUUAUUUUUUAUUAUGUGAAAUUUUUAUGAAUUUAAUUUUUUUCAUAUUUUUGUAAUUAUUUUUUAAUUUCCGUAAAUUACGUAUUUUUAUAUACUUUUUAUAGUUUUUUUUUUUUUAAUUUUAUUUCUUUUUUUUUAAGUUUGUUAUUUUUUUUGAUUUUUGUAAUUUUUUUUGUUGGUUUUAUAUUUUUUCAACAGUUUUUUUAUAUUCUUUUAAGUAUUGUUUUUAUAUAUUCAAAUUUAUUUUAAAUAUUUUUUUUAGAAUUUUUUUUAUAAAUAUUUUUUUUAGAAUUUUUCUUUGUAUUGUUUUUUGAAAUUUUUUUUUUAAAUAUUUUUUUAUAUUUUUAAAUAUUUUUUUUUAAUUAUAUAUUGUUUUUGAAAUUUGGUUUGAAAUAUUUAUUUUUUAGAAUUUUUUUAAUUAUAUAUUUUUUUAGACAUUUUUUUUUAAUUUAUAUAUUUUUUUAGAAACAUUUUUUGUUAUAUUAUGGCUUAGAAUUUAAAAAAAUUUUGUUUUUAAUAUAUUUUAAAUCAAUAUUUUGCACAACAAUUAGUCGCUGUGUAUUCUAUGUAAACAAAAAUGCACACACACACAUACAAUUUAUACAUAUGCAGAUAUAAUAUUCUUUAUAGUUUCUUACACACACAUUCAAGCAAAGAAAUCAUGUUACUAAAUAGCUGUCAAAGUUUUCAUUCCUGCAUAGAUUGCAAACAUUCAAAACUAAAAAUGUCAAUAUCAGGGAUAAGUUUUAAUCAAAAACUACUGCAAAUGCUUUUUACUAUAAAUAGUCCCUGUAGAAAACAGUAAGCAACAAAAAAAAAAACAAAAAACCAGAACAACAAAUGCAUCCAAAAUGAACAAACAAACAA